UCCAACUGUGAAAUUUACAGAGAGAGGCACGGGCUUCACAUUCUCUCUCUUCCGCUUGUCGUCGAGCUCGGUAACAGACUUCUAAUGGCGGAGGCGUGAAAGCGGUCGUGGCUUGGAUUCUUCCUCAGGUGGGCUGAAGGUGUGUCGAGGAGAUGCCGACAGUGAGGUACCAGAUAAGGAACGAGUACGGGUUGGCGGAUCCGGAGGUCUACCGGGCUGGGGAUAAGGAUGACCCGGAAGCGCUUCUCGAGGGGGUUGCGAUGGCCGGUCUGGUCGGAGUCUUGAGGCAGCUCGGAGAUCUUGCAGAGUUUGCUUCAGAGGUAUUUCAUAACUUACAUGAAGAAGUGAUGGCCAUUUCUUCUAGAGGGCAUGGGCUGAUGCUGCGUGUUCUACAACUAGAAGCAGAGUUUCCAUCAAUAGAAAAAGCAAUUCUCUCUGAAACUGAUCAUUCACAUCUGGCUUACAGUGCCGGUAUCGACUGGCAUGCAUAUCUUAGAGCUGAACAGAAUUUAUUCAGUCAAGGAGACAUGCCUCGUUUUAUAUUAGACUCGUAUGAAGAAUGCCGUGGUCCUCCUCGGUUAUUCAUGCUAGACAAGUUUGAUGUUGCUGGUGCUGGAGCAUGCUUGACGAGAUACUCUAAUCCUUCUUUUUUCAAGUCGGCAUCUGCCUUCUCUGAGAUGAUGGAAGAGGCACAAAGAGAGAAGAGAACACGAAAACCCAAGAAAGGAUCACCUUGGAGAAGUGGUCAGACAACUGGGUCUUUCUUUAUGCCAAUUAUAGACCAUUUGCAAUUUACAGCUUCUGAACCAGUAACUGGGAAAUUUCCAGUGAGGCUUGUGAAGUUGAAACACAGGAAAUUGGGAAUUUCGGAUAUAAGCAAUAGAAAAAGCUAUAUGGAAGGUUUUCUUAAAGAAGAAUCAUUUGACCAUAAUGAUUCUAAAAGCUCUUUAUGUGGUUGCCCAAAUAAUAAAAUUAUAGAUGGGACUCCAGAUGUACAAGAAUUUCUAAUUUGUGGCCCGACUGAUUCCUUACUGGUCAGAAAAGAAUUUUCUUCUCAGUCCCAUAAUGAAGUAACUGGAAAAGUGCAGAAUCUGGAAAGAGAACAUACAGAAUUUUCAAAAACUAAUUCUAUAUCACCUUGUGUUUCACCAAAACUUUAUCCAAAAUCUCAAAAUGUUAAAGAAGAAAUGCUUGUGGGACUUGGAAAUGAAAUGGACGCCCAUGCUUUGGACAGUAGUUCCGAUGAAAUUGAUACGACCUCUCCAUCCCUGCAGCUAGCAGUGCAGAACAACAGUUUGCCUGUUUCUGGAUUCCUAACAGAUGAUGAUCGUGAUAGUUACAGGUCUGAUGACAUUGAAAGUGAGCUGGAAAGUUAUGUUGAUGCUUUGAACACCAUGGAAUGUGAAAUGGAAACAGAUUCUGAGAGCAGAGCUAAAACAGAUCCAUCUCAGGGAACAGAUCCUAACAUCCAUGGACAAGCUGAACUUCUACCUCUAUCUUCUAUAUCAGCUAUUUUUGGAAGCUCUGAUACAUUAGUGACUUCAGAAAACGUGAAGGAUGGAAUGCCUAGUCUGUCACAGUCAACUAUUUUGUAUAAUUUAUCUGAUCAACAACUUAAGGAGAGAACUGUUAUUGAAGAAACUUCUAGUUUAGAAUUCCAACAUGAUGAAAAAGGAAAUCUAGAGAGGACGAGUGAAGAUAUGUCAUUAGUUCCAUCAGCUUGCUUGAUAUCUAAUGAAACUUGCUGUCAGAAACAACCAAAUGCUACCAUGGUUGUUCCUAUAAAUAAAGAAGCAUUCACUAGUUAUUGUAUAACAGAUUCAGAUUUGAAGCUACAACCCAUCAUCGAUGAAGUACAAACACUUGCUGCACAUUCAGAAGAAGCAAUUGCUGGCAGUAAAAAGAAUAAGCCUGAAAUCGAUGAACACAUUGAGUCCUCUUUUCGUAUUUGGAAGACAAAUCAUAUUGUGGUGUUUCCCACGUGUGAAGAAUGUCCUGAUAUUCCUACUGAUAUUCUUGAAGAAAUAAAUGCCAUAGAAUAUAGUGAAGACAGAAGUUCAUUAAAUAUAACAAAAAAAAGUUAUAUGCUUAGUGCUUUUUCAGAAACUGAAGAUGGUAUACCUGAGAAGGCUCCUUCUGAAUCUUCCAAAGAUUUAUCAAACUUGCUUGAUAAUGGGUCGGAAAAGCCAUUAGAUGUAUCGGAUUCAGAUAAAAAUGAUUAUAUAUCUGAAAGUUCCUUGCCUAUUAUACCUGUAGGUUCUUCUGUUCUGGAAUCUCAAGUUACGUCCAAUGACUCGGAGAUUGAUAUGCAAUCUGAAGAUUUGACCAUGAAAGUUUCCCCAAACAUGGAGGCUGAAGUUGAGGAAAGGAAGCAGUUAAACGCUGGUCUGCUAUUCCCUGCUGAGUCACAUAAACUACCUUCAGUAGAAAAUAUUAACAAUUUAUCUCAUAUAUCUCCUCAAACCUCUGAAAGUUUCAAUGAUGUAAUAGCAUACAUAUCUGAUGAAAGAGGCUCGCUUUAUGAAAGUCGAAAUAACUCAGUGAUAGGUCAAUUAUCAGGUUAUACUGAACAUAAAAGGUCUAAUGAUUUGGCCAACUCAUUGGAGAUGCCUCAACCUCCACGAAUACAAGCAGAGAGUUCUCUUGUGGACGUUUGUUCCAUUUGUGUUAAAGAUGCUUUCCAUGAUCCAGUUGAGAAUGACAAUGAAGUCUACUCUUUUGAGAAUCUAUCUCCAAAAAGUUCUUCAUUUUCUCUUGAGAUUGUUUCUUCCGUCCUGCAAUCUAGAAAUUUGGCUGCUGAAAUGGGGAAUAUUUCUGUAACUAAGGAGGAAUUUGAGCAUGCGCAAUUAUUAUCGAGCUCUGGAAAUAUUGAUAUUUUAGGACGCGAUGCCUUGAUAUUUCCAACCAUUCCAUGUGACACAGAGCAUUUUCCUGAUGUAGAUGAGCCGCAGGAGUCUUCUAAUGGGGUUAUGUUAAACCCUCUUCCAUCUAGUUGCAGAGAACAUCCUGAUGCAAAUCAAUUGCAUUGUGAUAUAUCACAGUUAAUGGAGACAAAUGGAGAAGAAAUUGUCCAUGAUGAAUUGAAAUGUGCAAAUGGUUCCGCUAAGCUUAGCGGUCAGCAUGAACUGCUGCUGCUUGGUGAAAAUAAAAAUAAUUCGUUUACUGAGAAUUGUAUCCCUAAAGAUAGCAUAAAUGAAGACGUUCUAAAUAUGCUAGAAUCUGCAGAAGUAGCCACCUGUGAUGUUCUUUUGCAAGACGAUCUCCUUUUAGAGGAUGAUACUCUGCAUCAGCCUUACCCCACUGUGGAAGAGCCAGCCAUUACAAGAGAUUCAACAUCGUUGCAGUCUGAAAGCAAGUCAUAUUUGUUAUUUACUGAAAACAAGGAAAUAGAAAUGUUUUAUCAUUCAGUGUCAAAAAGUCAGUCAUCUGCUCUGGAACUUUCAGACUCAUCUGAAGCUAAACUAGUUGAUGUUAAGGAGGAUAACUUAUGCUCGGGAGAAAAUGAGCAAGAUUCUGAUUCAAGAUCUGUGAAUGUUAUCACUGAAGAUGAUACUGAUGUCAAUGUUCUUUACCCUUUAAAAUCUUCAAGUGCAUGCAACUUUGAUGUACAGUUUCAAGAAGAUCCAGUUUCUGGGAAUGCUGUCUUGAGUAUGCCUAAGCCAGUGACUGAAGAGUUGAAUGAUGCAAAGUCUGACUCAAAAUUUAGCACUGUCACUCAAGUUAGGACUGAUGGCCAGAUUCUACACCUAGUAGAAUCUUCAAAUUUGUACAGCUUUGAUGUACAAAUUCAAGAGGAUUCAAUUGAGGAUGCUUCCUUGAAUCAGAAUAAGCCAGAGAUUCAAGAGCCAGCUGUUGAAAACGACUUAACAACCUCAAAGUUUGAAAGCAAGUUGCUUGCGCCUCUUUGUGAUAAUGUUGGCACAGUUUCAAGCUCUCCAUUACAAGGUCUAGAUUUAUCCAACUGUAUACAUGCUGAUCACGGUGAUAUUUACAUGGAAACGAGCUUAAUAUCUUCCAUAGAAGCUGAAAAACAUUCAGAUUCAGAUCCUUCCAUGCAGUGUUCUCAUGUUGAUGCAGAAAGGACAGAAGAAGUCCCAUCUGAGAAAGCUUCUGUAUUCCAAGCAGUUGAUGAACCAAGUAUAGCACCUAUAUAUAGAGUGCUGGAAAACUUCGAACCUUCCUAUCUACAUUUUGAUGAAGUUUCCUCGGAUGAACCUGCUAGUAGUCAGCAUAACUUGGAACAUGAUGUCUUACUUCUAGAACCAGAGCCCGAGACUUCACUAAACCUUGGAUGGAAGAAUGAUCUUAACAUGCUUUCAUCAAAUAUUUGUGAAAAUGAGCAAAAAGAGACAAAUAUAUCUGUUUCAUUUCAUGGUGUUGCCAAACAGCCUUGGAACUCUAUGGCUUCUGAAGCUUUGGCUUCAGGGCCACUACUCGCAGAUUUUGUCAUUCCCAGUCCUACAAUUGGUUCCCAGGAAACCCUCAAGGCAUAUCCAGGCGAAACAAUCUCCAGCUUGCCAAUACAAAAAGGCAUUGAAGAAACGCCUCCCUUACCACCACUUCCUCCUAUGCAGUGGAGAAUGGGUAGCAGUAUGCAUAUAAAUCCUUUGCCCGCUUCUGAAGAGAGAACAAAUCAGCAUGCAGGCCCCUUUUUGUCGCCUGUAGCUUUCGAAGAGAGUUUUCAGAAUGCUUCCUCGUGCACAGAUGGUCAAUUGACAGGGUCCUUAAAAUUGUCCGAGUUUCUAGUAGUCCCAUUGGAACAUCAGAGGCAACAGCUUGAAAUUGAUUCUUCAGGCUUUUCUUUGCUAGCACCAGCUGAGGAAGAUGGAAUGCAUUCACAUAGUGAUAUCACAAUGGAUGGAGAGAACCCUUUGACUAUGGCACCAUUGCUCAGGAACGUGACUCCCCAACACCCUGACCAUUUGGCUGAAGGCAACCCUCAGGUUAAAGAAGAAAGGAGACCAAACCUGGUUAAGUUGCUACCAGGGUUAGAGUUGGAAAGAUCACUUGAAGCCCCAACAAUAGAUAUACGUGCAUCCCCUCCCUUUAGCUCAUUCAUGUUGAUGCCAGCGGCAGCUGAUGGUCUAUAUCAGUAUGGUUAUAGAGAUUACAGAGUUCAUGAAGCGGAAAACAUGCAUUAUCACAAAUUGCCAGCACCAUUUCCAGUUGCUGUUCAGAGCAUUCCUCCUUACGCUUAUCAUAUGUUUCUAAGAGAAGGUAAUUCAUCUACAAUGUAUGAUAUCAUGCUAAAUGAUAUGGAAGGUGACAAACCAAAUGAAAAAUACCAUUCCAUUCUAAGCAGACCAAGAGAUCCUCUCAUAGAGGCUGUCGCCACCCAUGAUAAAAGCACGUUGAGGAAGGUAUCAGAACUUGAUCGGUCGUUGCCAAAACCGAAGGAAGAUGAAACGAAUCAUUUGCUUGAACAGAUAAAAACUAAGUCCCUCAACCUAAAGCCAGCAACUUCAAAGGCAAACAUGGUCAAAGUUCCUUCAACAAACCUGAAGGUUGCUGCAAUGCUGGAAAAGGCCAAUGCAAUACGGCAGGCAUGUGUGGGAAGUGAUGAAGAUGAUGAUGAUAGUUGGAAUGAGUCAUAAGGUGCUUUAUUUCUUAAAACCUUUUCUAAUUCUCCACAACCAAGCUCACCUAUCCAACGCCAAUCUCAUACUUUGCCAUCUAUCAGUCAAGGCUGGUUCAGCCAAUCAGGUGAGCCGUUGGGCCUGCAUUAGAGUUUGAAGAAAACUUCUUCACGCCUAAAAAGCCAGCAAAGUAUUUUAUAAGGAGGCAUUUGUCUGCCUGCUUACUGUAUUUAAUCAUGUAUAAUCCUGCCUUCUUUCCCUCUUUUUGCCAAGUGUAAUAUUAUAUAGUAAGUCUGCGUCACCACUGGGGCCAAGAUAGAAAUGGACCUCUUCUUGGUCACCUGUAAGUGUAUUUGAUUUUUGAAUUUUUUUUUGUU